AUGCAAAACCCAAAUCAUCCACUACCCUCGCCCCCGGGCAAUCAAGAGCGGCCUGGGAACCGCCCACGAACAAAGACUUCAUCUGGUUUUAGUUUACAUUCACAUAAGAGCAGUGGCAGUGGACAGAAACUUGAUCUCACAGAAUCACAUCGAGAGAAAGAAUCAAGGCGACUUCACAGCAAAGCUGAUCCAUCUCUGGCCAUGACGGAAGCAGAACCUUCCGCUGUUGCAAAUGAAGUUGCGACCUCGUUAGCACCCAUUCGAGCCAUUCAACAUAGAGAUAGCCAGGGAAACCCCAUCGCGGACCCCGAUCGUUCAAAUCCUACAAGAAGCAGAUGGGAGAGACCUCUAGACACGAUUCGAGCAUUUGAGGCAGCUAUUGAUGGGAACUAUUCUUCGAGGAAAUCAAUGAUACGCCCUGAAUCCGAUGUGGGCUCAACAUACAAUCGUCGAAGCAGUUACUACGCGGCAACUCAAGCGACCAAUGAUGAACGACCAAGAUAUUCUCAGAAUAGCUACUAUGGAGGAGGACAGCAACCUUAUAGGCAAAGUAGCCAAUAUGGUGACGGGCGACCAAAUGGAAUGACAAGGCCCGACAGUUAUUACACUACCGAUAAUCAAGGAGGACCUGGCAACGCAUAUGCCCCGAAUAGGUCUCGAUAUCCUCGAACAGCAUCAGAACCACAAUUCAACAGUGGUGUGUACACAGCACCUGCAGGUCAGCAACGUUCAUAUGAAACUGUGACAACAGCCUCCGGUAGUGCAAUCUCCGCAGACGCCGCGGAAUAUUCAACCGAUCCUAGCAGCCUAAAUAGUUCAGUAGACGGAAUCCAUGCACUACCGCAACCGCCAAAAGAACCCCUGGAGACAUAUGGAUUCCACGGAUUUGGAAACGAUCCCCAAUACCUUCCACCUGGAAGUGGCAUCAAUGAGCAAAAUGGAAUGCGCAGACAGCCGAUUGGCAGCCUGAAUCAAGGCCCUCCGCCGCCAACCAAAGACAGUGUACCACGAACUCCAAUUAAUCUUGGUCUCACGAGUGGAAAUUCCCUACCUCAAAAAUCAGUCAUCGAAAUCAGCAAAUCAGAGGCCAAACCUCAGCCAGAGAAGCGGAAAAGUUGGUUUGGAAGAAGAUUGAGCAAGAAUAAAUAA